CAUAAUGACCUAUUACCUGUCUUUAUUCUUCUAGGGUAAUACUGAGCAACCUGUCCAAACCAGCAAGAUUGGACUUGGAAGAAGAGAGUAUCAGAGUUUACAACACCGCCAUCAUUCUCAGCGAUCUAAAUGCCGUCCCCCUAAGGGCAUGUAUUUAACCCAGGAAGAUGUGGUAGCUGUUUCCUGUAGUCCCAAUGCAGCCAACACCAUCCUGCGGCAACUGGACAUGGAGCUGAUCUCUUUAAAGCGUCAGGUUCAGAAUGCUAAACAAGUAAACAGUGCACUUAAACAGAAAAUGGAAGGUGGAAUUGAAGAAUUCAAACCUCCUGAGUCAAAUCAGAAAAUUAAUGCCCGUUGGACCACAGAGGAGCAGCUUCUAGCAGUGCAAGGUGUCCGCAAAUAUGGUAAAGAUUUUCAAGCUAUUGCAGAUGUAAUUGGCAACAAGACUGUUGGCCAAGUGAAGAACUUCUUUGUAAACUACAGGCGUCGGUUUAACUUAGAGGAGGUAUUGCAGGAGUGGGAAGCAGAACAAGGAACCCAGGCUUCUAAUGGUGAUGCUUCUACUUUAGGGGAGGAGACAAAAAUUGCUUCUAAUGUGCCAUCAGGGAAGAGCACUGAUGAAGAAGAGGAGGCACAGACCCCACAGGCUCCUCGGACUCUGGGUCCAUCACCUCCUGCCCCAUCAUCCACUCCAACACCAACAGCCCCCAUUGCCACUCUGAACCAGCCUCCACCACUUCUUCGUCCAACACUGCCUGCUGCCCCUGCUCUUCACCGGCAGCCUCCUCCACUCCAGCAGCAGGCUCGGUUCAUCCAGCCCCGGCCAACUUUAAAUCAGCCUCCACCACCUCUCAUUCGCCCUGCUAAUUCUCUGCCGCCCCGUCUCAACCCAAGACCAGUGUUGUCCACGGUUGGUGGUCAACAGCCACCGUCACUUAUCGGAAUUCAGACAGAUUCACAGUCCUCGCUGCACUAAAAUUAAACUGGACAGAGCUACAGUAACUCUUCACCCCAUCAUUAGACCAGUGCUCAUCAGACUGAUGCAAAAGAGAACAGUCCUCCUUGAUACUGAGGCUGUGAACUAGUUCUGUGGCAGGGGGCUAGCAUAAGUGGAUGUCUAGGACAUUUUUUGGUUUGUGCAACCAAACUAAAUGUUAUACAACAAAAAGCCUACAGUUAGCCUCCUUUCUAGAGUAUAUGUUCAGCGACAUGAUCUCAUAAAAGGAACAAAAGGAGAU